AUGAGGGAGUUUUUUGCUUAUAGAAUUCAAGAUAGACAUAACAAGUUUUCUCUAAUUCUUAAUGCAAGAAGGUUGUUUCAGCAGUUUUUAGUUGAUGCCUACACAAUGAUUGAAAGUGAGGCUCUCAACUUCAUACGUUUUCAGCAAAUCAAACUGAGAUCUGACUCACUUAACAGUCUUAAAAAUGUUCAAGAGGUUGGUCAGAGUGAUUUGAGUCAUACCGGACAACCUGUUAUAUUACCGUCAUCGUUUACUGGUGGUUCUCGAUACAUGAUGCAAAACUAUUUGGAUGCUAUGGCGUUAUGUCGGAAUUAUGGGUAUCCUGAUUUCUUUAUCACUAUCACAUGUAAUCCGAAAUGGCCUGAAAUUGUUAGAUUUAUCGGUGACUCAUCAAUUAAGCCAGAAGACAGACCUGACAUACUUUGUCGAUUGUUUAAGAUGAAACUCGAUGAAUUGAUAACUGAUUUGAAGCAAAAAAAAAUUUUUGGUGAUAUUAAUGCAGUUGUUUACACAGUUGAGUUUCAAAAGCGUGGAUUGCCACAUGCACACAUUUGCUUAUUUAUGAAAGCUGAUCAUAAGCUUCCUACGGUUGAACACAUUGAUCCAUUUAUCUCAGCUGAAAUUCCGGAUAAAAACGAGGAUCCUGAGUUGUAUUCUCUUGUGAGUGACUUUAUGAUUCAUGGUCCUUGUGGACAUGCCAACAAGAAAUGUCCAUGCAUGGUUGGGAACCGUUGUUCUAAGAAUUUUCCAAAGAAGUUUUUGGAAUCCACUUCCAUUGAUUCUGAUGGAUUUCCCGUUUAUAGGAGAAGAGAUUCUGGUCACACGGUUGUGAAGAAGGGUGUUACUUUGGACAAUAGGAGCGUAGUUCCAUACAACAAAAAGCUUCUAAAAAGGUAUCAGGCGCACAUCAACGUCGAGUGGUGCAAUCAGGCGGGUUCAAUUAAGUAUUUGUUUAAAUAUAUUAAUAAAGGACCUGAUCGAGCCACGGUAGCUGUUUUUGAUUCAGACAGGGGUCCAGAUGAGGAGAUCCCAAAAGAUGAAAUUAAAGAAUAUUACGAAGCUAGAUAUGUUUCCGCAUGUGAAGCAAGCUGGAGAAUAUUUGCCAACGAGGUUCAUUAUAGGUAUCCUUCUGUCAUGAGAUUACCUUUUCAUCUACCAGGACAACAAAAUGUUGUAUUUAGUUGUGACGACGAUAUUGAGGAUGUCUUACACAAACCUCAAGUAAAUUCUUCGAUUUUCUUAGAAUGGAUGAAGAUGAACAAUUCUAAGCCUGAAGCAAGACAACUUACAUAUGUUCAGUUUCCUUCAAAAUAUGUGUGGAAGUUAAAAGAUCGUUGCUGGCAGCCACGUCAAAAUUAUGUUGUUAUUGGGAGAAUAUAUUCUGCGUCUCCUUCUCUUGGUGAGGCUUAUUAUCUAAGAAUUCUUCUUACCAAGGUUAAAGGACCAAGGUCAUUUGAAGAAAUCAGAACAUAUGAAGGUGUUGUUUAUCCUACUUUUAGGGAUGCGUGUUAUGCACGUGGCCUGUUAGAUGAUGACAAUGAAUAUAUCGAGUGUAUUAAAGAAUCCAGUUUCACUGGUAACGCUCAUUAUCUUCGUUCUUUGUUUGGAACACUACUUUUGUCUAAUACUCUUUCAAGACCUGAAGUUGUUUGGGAGAAAACGUGGGAGCUAAUGUCCGAGGACAUUUUAUACAAUAUGCGUAAAGAUAGUGGCAUGAGCGGAUUCGUUGUAUCAGAUGAACGUUUAAAGAAUAUAACAUUGACCAAGAUCGAAAAAUUUCUUCUUCGUAAUGGAUCCAGCUUGCACAGGUUCUCAACGAUGCCUUAUCCUGAUGAUGACUAUCUAAUGACCGAGAGCAACCGUUUGAUAAACGAGGAGCUUUCGUUUGACAUUGAUGAACUUAGGGGUGAGUUCAAUAAUCUGCACAACUCUCUAAACGAAGAUCAAAGAGCAGUGUAUAAUGAAAUUAUGCAUGCUGUUAGAAGUGGAAAGGGGGGUGUGUUUUUUGUGUACGGUUAUGGUGGUACGGUCAAGACUUUUUUGUGGAAAACUUUAGGUGCAUCCAUUAGAUCCACUGGACAGAUUGUUAUUAAUGUUGCUUCAAGUGGUAUUGCAUCUUUGUUGCUAUCACGAGGUCGUACUGCCCAUUCACGAUUUCAUAUUCCUAUUAAUCUCAACGAAGAUUCGGUCUGCCAUAUCAAGCCUAAUACUGAAGUCGCUAAUCUUCUAAACCAAGCCAAGUUGAUUAUUUGGGAUGAGGCACCGAUGGUACACAAACAUGCUUUUGAGGCUCUUGAUCGUACAAUGAAGGAUGUUUUGAGUGUAUUUGAUUCACGAAAUUCAGAACUUCCAUUUGGUGGAAAAGCUAUUGUCUUUGGUGGUGACUUUAGACAAAUCCUACCGGCUGUACAAAAUGGAAGCAGGCAAGAUAUUGUAAACGCAUCUUUAUGUUCAUCCCAUAUCUGGUCCCACUGCAAGGUGUUAAAGUUGACAACAAACAUGCGUUUAUCGGUAGGAUCCAGUACCUCAAACAUCGAGGAAAUAAAUCAAUUUGGUAAAUGGCUUUUAGAGAUUGGCGAAGGCAAUGUUGGUCAUUCUAACGAUGGUGAUUCACAUAUUGAAUUACCUGAUCAUCUUUUGAUAACUGAUGAGAAUGAUCCGAUUCAGGCUUUGAUUGACUUUGUAUAUCCUUCAGUUUUGGAUCGUUUUAAAGAGCGUCACUACUUUUCUGAAAGAGCUAUACUCGCUCCUAAGAAUGAAGUUGUUCAUGAUAUAAAUGAUCGUUUGCUUGAAUUGUUUCCGGGUGAAGAGGUAGAGUAUCUUAGCUCUGAUAGUUUAUGUCCUACUGAGGAUAUUAAUGAUCCGUUACAUCAAGAUUUAUAUAAUCCAGAUGUGUUAAAUAGUGUGAAAGUUUCUGGAUUACCAAAUCAUAGAUUGGUAUUGAAAUUGGGUGUUCCGGUAAUGCUUUUGAGGAAUAUUGACCAGCAAAACGGUUUGUGCAAUGGUACGCGUCUUCAAAUCACACGUCUUGGUAAACGUGUUAUCGAGGCUGAGAUAUUAUCUGGAAGUAAUGUCGGUUCAAGAACUUACAUCCCAAGAAUUAGCAUGAUACCAUCUGACAAAAAAAUACCCUUCAAGUUUCAACGAAGGCAGUUUCCAAUAACCGUAUGUUUUGCGAUGACUAUUAACAAAAGUCAAGGACAAUCUCUAUCCAGAGUUGGUCUAUACCUUAGAGAUCCCGUGUUCUCACAUGGUCAGCUUUAUGUUGCUUUGUCGAGAGUAAAGACUAAGGAUGGCGUUAAGGUUCUAAUAUUCGACAAAGAUGGGAGACCAACAAACAAAACUGCAAACGUUGUUUACAAAGAAGUUUUUGGGAAAUUGUAG